GCCCCGUAUGUCCGCCAUACUGUGUCAGUGGCUGUGUGACGGUCACGGAGUUGGCCUGCUGGGGUCGUGGCGGAGUUUUGUUUUACGGCCUGAUGCAGUGCUCGCCCUACGAAAUUAAGGAUAAGUUAUUGAAAGCAUUAGACGAGGACAACAAUGUGGUCGACAUGGCUGCCGUCAUUGAGGUUAUCGGCAUGCUGGAAAGAACUCCCAUCACAAAGGACGCCCUGGAGCGCACACGGCUGGGUCGCUACAUCAACGAGCUGCGCAAAAAGACGAGCAACGAGCAGCUGGCCCGACGGGCCAAGGACCUGGUGAAGAGCUGGCGCCGCCUGCUCCCCUGCGGCGCGCCGGCAGAGCGCACCGGCACCCCCAACGGCGCCCCGACGCCCCCGGUCACACUGGGGCCUGGCCCCGGCCCCGGCGUCGGGCCAGGCCCCGGACCCGGCCUGGGACCCGUCGUGGCGUCCAAGCUGCUCAGUCCGGCGCUGCGGCCGGCACGACUCGCCGGCGUCGUGGCGCCACGCAGCAUCAGCCCGAGCUGCUCUAGCGUGUCCAACAGCCCGGUGCCCCCUGCGGCGCUGGCGGCGGCUACAGCAGCAGCACCGCCCAGGACGCGCAAUGGCGGGUUCAAGCCCGUGAGUCCGGCGUGCCGGUCCGCACCCACGUCGCCAGGCUCGCCUCUGGCGCACCCGUACCCCCGGAGCCCCACCACCGGUCUGGAGCCUGUGGCGAAGAACAACGUGGCCAACAAGAGGCUCAGGAAAUCGGCGGAUCGAGAUGGCCUCAAGAAGGCAGCUACCACCGCAACGGCGUCGGGGGCCUCCUCCGGCGUCCCGUGGACACCCCCCAACGGGGUCCACGCCACGGCCGCCGCCACCGCAGCCGCCGUCUGGGACGCCUCCAUCCCCAGCGGCAACUCCGCGUUCGAGAGCGUGCGCCGCAGCCAGUGCACGACCAGCGUCACGUCCCCCCGCGUCAUGCCCAAGGUGAAGACGACGCAGCAGCUGAUCGCCGACCUCCGCGCCAAGAGCGGCGCCAACGUGUCCCUUGACGGAGUGGUAGUGCCUCCAACGUUGUCUCCGCCAACGCCGGCGGCGACACGCCACGCGGCGUCGCGUCGCCCGUUGAAGCGCGCGGGCAACUACAGCCUCCUUGGAACGGACGACGAAACGAGCCGGACUAAGUCGGAGUUAAUGGACCGCUUUCUCCAGUCGUCCGCGCGAGAGCCGCCCAACGGUCCGGUGUCGCGCGAGAUCGCCAGCAUCCUGAGCGCUCUCCCGGACUUGAGCUCCUUCGGGAACCUGGAGGAGGAAGAGGAGGAAGAGGACGCGCCGCGGCCGCCGAUGGAAGUGACCCCCGCGGUGGAGGAACGCUUUGCCACGGAGCGGUGGGAGUUUGUUAACGGGGUGUACGACCACGGGGGCGCCUGGCGCGGCUGGGAGGAGGUGACCACGGCGGAGUCGCUGGGGGGUGACGUGCUUCACAUAUUGCCUUAUGUAAAUACAGACUGGUAAGGGGGGGGGGGGGUGGGGGGGACGCUUCCGCCCCCUCCGCCGCCGGGGAGUGUGCGGCGAGGGGUGGAGAGUGGGCAAUGGCCGUUGGCGCCUCGACUUUAGGAAUACUCAGGUCUUUCCGAGCACUGGUGAGGAACCAUUUGAGCGCGGAUGCUCGAUUUAUCGACCGCUACGAGCCGUCGAACGGACUGCUAGGUUUCGGAAAAGUGGUGCUUUUUCCGUUUGUGUCUGGACAGCAUUUUCAAGUUUUUUGGGACGUUUUAUUGUUCUAGGAAUUGGAUAAAGUUUUCCUAGGCUAGUUUACCGUGCACUAUGACAAAAGGAUGGGUGGAGCCCCUUUCUGGAGGCUGCAUCUCCGAUCUAGCACGGUCAACUGUACAGUUCGCACGCGGUGCGAGAAUGAAGCCAAAUUGUUUUGCUAAUGUGAACCUCGGUGUGAACGGUCUGUUCUUUCUGAUUCUGUUCGACUCGGUCUGGCAACUUCAGCUGUAUCGAGCAGUCAUGGACGGAAGAGCAGCGUUAGCUUGCUUCUUGCCAGCAUACUGUCAAAUAACGCUUGUGGAAGUCGCGUCGGCAGCUUUGCGAUGUUUAGCACUUCUGGUGGUUUUUGUUUUGCGUUAAUUUAUCUUCCAUACUUUUCAGGGUUUUUAUGGGUAAGUGCGACGCCUUUCAUCUAGCACCUUUGAGCUCAAAGGCCCCGAUGAACGCAUCAACCUAGGGCUUUCUCAUUAUUGUCACAUUUUGGGCAUUAGUCUCAGUCUCGAGGAAAGAAAAAAACGUUAAAGCAUGAUUAGUGAAUUGUGUCUUCUAGACAAAUAUCAAAGGCAUUCUGUUCUCAUAGCCAUAUAGUCGCUGGCCGCCGAAGUCUGUCUUAAGAUUGAUACGAGGGACAUCAGUUUAGGAACGACAUUUGAGUCAUGAAAGUGAGAGACUGAAAGCAGACGUGCGGACCUGUUCUUGUACUCGUGGGCGCUUAGACAAGCUUGCUUGAUUACAAAUGCGUGAAAUUUUUUAUUACAAAAUUUCUAUGUGGCGCAAUUAGCUCGCUUUUAGUAACCGAGCUUGAAGCAGCAGUUUGUUUUUUCUACCUAGGCAGGCACAGUAUGCAGUACACUGUCACAAAAACAUGCACUUUCUAAUGCCCAUCUAAAAUUUUGAAAAAUUUCUUAACAAUAAAAAAUGUCAUAGCAUACAUUUUCCAAUUGCAUGGCGGGACUAGACAUUUGUUUUGUAUUUGUGCUCUAAAAGGGUAACUACCUAUCUUUAGAGAAAUGAGCAUGCCUAAGCUUUCAGAAAUUUUCUGACCUCAAACUCCGUUGAUUACGUCCCAAAAAACGUUGGCUCGUCACCUCGCAUACCCACGACUACGAGCAACGCGUUCGCGGAGUUUUCGUCCGGUGCUCGAAAUUCGGUCUCGAAUCUGAACAAACGGUGUUUGCGCCCGCCCGACCAUGCUUCCAACGGUGCCGCAAGCGAGACGCGAGCGGUGCGGCUGCCCGCACGCGAUUGCCCAUUCUACGCUCUUCUCCCAUUGGCCGGUGGCGACGGAGGGGUGGAACUCGGAGGGUCACGCAAUCAGGCGUGGCCUCCUUUUGCCUGUGAUCACGUGGUGCGCGUCUGGGGGUCGGACAAGGUCGACGCCGAGGGUUGCGCGACUUUUCCCGCCGUGGCUGCCCCCAUGCUGCCCCAGCACAACGUCCUGCGACGUUGCCCGCCACAUUUUUUAGUCAUUCACGCGAAGAGGAGUGAACUUAUCUCGACGGUUUUGACGCACUAUGCUGCAACCGGCCCCUUGCUGUCUCUUGCCCUGCCUUUUGGAGCCCCGCCUUUGUUUCAAACGUCGUGUGCCGCAAGUCUCUUUUGACACGUGCGGGAGCGAGCCCCGCGAAUGUUCGACGCACUCUAGUUGCAGACACGACAAGAAAAGCCCCUUGUUGAGAGGGUGGCCGGCUUCGUCCGGCGUACGUUUGACCGACCGCCGACGAAGAGGAGGAAAAAGCUCAUUUGAGCGGGAGCAUUUGCUUGCAUUGUAUUACGUUGCAUUGUGACCGCGAGUGGCCGGGACGUUUGUGCUUCAUCUGUUGUAUGCAAAGUUACUCGUCGGAUGCGCCGAAAAACUGACGGAGAGGAGAACGUCGGAACGUCAAGCUUUGGUUGGACUGAUUAGUGGGUAGGCCUAAAGCCAGCUGCUUUCGUCUCCGCCGCACUCAUUGAACGGAUUAAAACGUGGAACACCGGAAUCCCCCAUUGGCUUUCACUUUCGAACUCGUCCGACGAGUGCAGUGCAGAUGCAGGCUCUCGUCUCCUCCUCUCCCUCAGUUUCUCGGCGCAUUAGUUGGCAUGCUUCAAUCGCAACACGAAUGUCCCGGGGACUUGCAGUCCGAACUCGACGUAAUAAAGACGUAAGCUCCUGUAAUGUAACGCAAAGUAAACUAAUGGUGCUAUGUG